AUGCUUACCCGCAUUCCUCCCGACUAUGAAGUUCGCGAACAGUUCCACUCGGAGCAAAACCAUGUCAAAAUCAUUCACGUUGGUGCUGGCGUAUCUGGUCUUUUGACAGCGUACAAAGCGAAGAAGUAUCUCAAAGAUUAUGAGCUGGUCUGUUACGAGAAAAAUCCGACUAUUGGAGGGACAUGGUGGGAGAAUAGAUACCCAGGAUGCGCCUGCGACGUACCCAGUCACUCGUACACACUCACAUUCGAGCCAAAUCCAGAAUGGAGCGGCUUCUAUGCUUUUGGAAGUGAAAUCCAGGCGUAUUUUCAGAAAUUCUAUGAGAAAUAUGAAUUGCAACCUUAUAUGAAAUUCGACACAAAGGUUUUGUCGGCUGUAUGGCAUGAAGACAAAGGAGAGUGGAAGGUGGAGCUGGAAAAGGGUGGCGAGAAGUUCACCGACUGGUGUAAUGUCCUGAUCAAUGGUUCCGGACCCAUUAACAAGUGGAAGUGGCCCGUCAUAGAAGGAAUCGAAACAUACAAGGGAACUCUCGCUCACACUGCCAACUGGUCUUCCAACAUCGACUGGAAAGGAAAGCGUGUGGCUGUAAUUGGCAGCGGCUCGAGUUCGGUCCAAGUGGUACCGCAGCUAGCUGAAGGUUGUGAGUCCCUUACUGUAUUUGCGCGAAACUCAACAUGGAUUGCGCCCCAAAUGGGCUCUCAGGACGUCAAGAUCCUGCCCCCAGACUCCGAACAGACCUCGAAGCCCGCGGCAGCCGGAAAGCAUCAGUACACCGAAGAAGAAAAAGAGAAGAUGCGCACGGACCCGGAAGCGUUCCUCAAGUAUCGGAAGGAGGUUGACGGUGCCCUGCAGAAGGGAUUUUCGGUCUUUCUCCGCGGAAGUGAUCUCAACGUUAUGGCGAAGAAAGGUAUGGCUGAGAUGAUACGUGCUCGCAUCGGUCCCGGUCAUGAGGAUUUGAAGGAAAAAUUCAUUCCAAAAUGGUCGCCUGGCUGCCGAAGGAUGACGCCUGGUGAAGGAUACCUUGAAGCACUGACAAAAGACCAUGUGUCUGUCAUAUCCGACGAAAUAGUGAGGUUCACAGAGAACGGUUUGGUGACUGCCGACGGUAAAGACUUUGAAUUCGACAUCAUUGCUUGUGCCACUGGCUUUAACGUUGCGUUCGCUCCACACUUCAAGAUGGUUGGCGUCGACGGCGUAGUGUUGCAGGAAGAGUGGGCUGAAGUCUCCCACGAUAUCCACUUCAAAAUAACCCAAAAGCCUCCAAUCAUCAACAACGAACCACUGACACCUCCGCAGCACGAAGUCCAGGUUGAAUACGCCAUGCAAUGCUGCGUUAAGAUCGCGGAAGAAAACCUGCACUCACUCGAAGUCUGUCAAUCGCCCACGACUCAGUACCUCCUGCACAGCUACACUUGGCACAACGCCAAAUCCGUCUGGGCCGAGGACUGCCGCUCUUGGUACAAAGACAACAAACCCAACGGGCGCAUCCAGCUGUGGUGCGGCAGCAUGAUGCAUUUGCUCAAGACGCUGCGGACGCCGCGGUGGGAGGACUAUCGGAUCAAGCGGAGGGAUGCGAACAUGUGGACUUUCUUGGGGAACGGGAGGAUUGAGUUGGAGGUGGAGGGAGAGAAAGGGAAGGAGGUUGAUUGGGCGCCGUAUAUCAGGAAUGCUGAUGUGCCGUGGAGUUUGGACUUGUGA